AACUUGCCAGCAGCAGAACAGUCUGUUGCGGUUCCGGAGCGCUGAGAAGUGGGUGGAUGUGGGCUGAAUGUUUUAUUUUUGUAUGAGUGCCACACUGCUUUGAAUUUUAUUAGACGGCGAUGAGCGUCAGGCCGGCCGGCGAGGGGGUCGCCGAGGAGGGCGGGGAAGACGAGGGCGAGGAGCCCGGGGCGGCCGCGGCCGGCCCCUCGCCCGCCGAUGAGUCCUCCGACAGUGACGGCGAGACGGAGCCGGCGCGCUCCUUCCACCGUAAGAUCUCCACCAACAAGGACAUCAAGUGCUCGGUGUGUACAAAAGAGGGGUACCUGAUGAAACAGACAUCUUCAUUUCAACGAUGGAAACGGAGAUAUUUUAAACUCAAAGGCAAUAAACUCUACUAUGCAAAAGAUACGAAGUACGUCGUGUUCGACGAGAUUGAACUCACGGACCUGAGCAUCGCCGAGAGCAAGACGGGUGGGAGUCACUGUUUUCAGGUGAUCACCGCCUUCCGGUGCCUGACGCUGCGGGCAGAGACUCGGAGGCAGAUGGAGGAGUGGACGGCGGCGCUGAAGAGCGCCAGCAAACGACAGUUUUAUGAGGGCAUGGACCAUCUUCACUCGCUGCUGUCGGGCCAGCACAACUGGCAUGUCAUGUCACACGCCCGGCCGACCUAUUGCAACGUCUGCAGAGAGGCGCUAUCAGGGGUGACCUCACACGGACUCAGCUGUGAGGUCUGCAAGUUCAAGUGUCACAAACGAUGCGCGGCGCACGAGUCGACGCCGUGCAAGUGGACCACACUGGCCAGUGUCGGGAGGAACAUCAUCGAGGAGGAAGACGGGACGCUGUCAAUGCCGCACCAGUGGCUGGAGGGUAACCUGUCCGUAUCCGCCCGCUGCAUGGUGUGCGACAGGACCUGUGGCUCCGUACUCAGGCUGCAGGACUGGCGGUGUCUCUGGUGUAAGGGCACCGUGCACGCGGCCUGCCGAGCCACCGUACCGGCGCUCUGUCCUCUCGGAGUCUGCAAGGUGUCUGUGGUGCCUCCGAUCGCGCUCCACAGCAUAGGUGCGGACGAUAGCUGGGAGGCUGCCCGGCCGCUCGGCUGCUCGCCCCUACUGGUGUUCGUCAACUCAAAGUCGGGCGACCACCAGGGCAUCAAGUUUCUGCGACGGUUCAAGCAGCUGCUUAACCCGGCCCAGGUGUUUGAUCUGAUGAACAGCGGCCCCGCACUCGGGCUGCGGCUGUUCAAGAAGUUUGACCAGUUCCGAAUACUUGUGUGCGGCGGCGACGGCUCCGUCAGCUGGGUACUAUCUCACAUCGAUAAACUGGACAUGCACCGUCAGUGCCAGGUCGGUGUGCUGCCCCUGGGCACCGGUAACGACCUGGCGCGCGUGCUAGGAUGGGGCAGCGCCUGUGACGACGACGCCAACCUGGCGCACAUGCUGGAAAAGUACGAGUGCGCCACCAUCAAGAUGCUGGACAGGUGGAGUAUCAGCGCGAUGAGUACCACAGUGCGUCUACAGGCAGCCGUCCCGUCGGCGGACGCCAUUGCCGCCUACGAGGAGUCGGUCAGCGACCAGCUGGCGCGUCUGCUGCACUCGGAGAGGCACCCGGAGCUGCUGCAGGCCGCCAGUGUGCUGUGUGAGACCGUGCGGGACCUGAUCGCUCGGGUGGGCAGCUCAACCGGCGACUCCACGCCUGCCGUCGGACGCAAGUGUGAGGUCCUCAACGAGAAGCUCUCAUUGCUAAUGGCCGCUCUGAAGGAGGAGGAACCAGCCGUGCCCCCCGCGAGCGCCGGUCGCCGGGCGCGCACUGCGCCCGCGCCCGCUCCUGCUGCGUUCGUACCGCGAGACACACUGAUGCUGCGAGCCAACAGUCUGAAGAAGGCUAUCCGUGAGAUAAUGGCGCACGCCGAGCACACGAUCGACGAGCGGACGGCGGCGGCCGGCGCGGCCACGGCGGCUGCCGAGGCAGAAACGGAGACAAAGACGGAGACGGAGACGGCGGAAUGGCAGGCGGAGCCGUCACCGUCGCCGAUGGCCUCGCCGUACCGAAUGGCCGGCUCGAUGACCACCUCGUUCCCGGUGCGGCCGUGGCCGGCCGGCGGCGCGCCGCCCUGGACCGUGCGCCAGCCGUCACCUCUACUCUCCGGUAGCACCGCCGCCCCGGCGUGCACGGUCCCAGAGCUGGCCGUCGAGCCGGCCUCGCCCGAGGACUCGCCGCUGCCCACCCACGCGCCCGUCGAGAGGAGACCCAGCGAGGAGAUAUCGCAGCUGUUUGCGGCCAGCGCCGGCGCCGGACACGGCGACGGGGAUAAGACGCCGUCGCCGCCGAACCCGCUGUCCAUCAGCCCGCUGCCGGCGGUGCGCGGCGAGACACCCAGUGAGCUGGAACCUCUGCCCGACAUCCCCGCUCCGACGCCGUUCGCCGACGGACGCCGACCGUCCGAGGGAGACGUCGAGGCGGUCGGCGAGCAGGGGCCGGCGAGCGGCGAGGGCGAGCGGGAGCCGAGCGGCGAGCGUGACUCCAGCGCGGAGCCGGAGCCGGAGCCGGGGAGGGAGCUAACGGGCCUGCUCGGCUCCGAUACUGUCCAGCUGAGGAUCAACUCGUCGGCCGAUAGCCUGCUGGAUGGAUUCGACGACGACGAACCGCUGCUGGUGGAGCAGAAAUCCGUCAGAGACGGCAGCGGGGAGUCGAGCUGUGCCGACACCCCGCCGCUGAUGGCGAAACACGCCGCUGAGCUGGAGCGGCUGGACGGAGACGGUGACAGCACUGACUUCAGCGGGACGACGGCCGUCGCGGAGCCAGAUGUCUCCAGCUCCGGUGGCGGGCUGAUCCAGAACGUACUGAUGGCCCACGCUGACGCCCUGUGUGCCGCCGCCAGUCCGCUGGUCGCCAUGCAGCACACACUGUACAGCAACGGCUUCGAGGAGAAGGGCGUCAUGAACAACUACUUCGGGAUCGGUAUCGACGCCAAAAUAUCGCUGGACUUUCACAACAAGCGCGAGGGCAACCCUCAGAAGUGCCGGAGCCGCACCAAGAACUUCAUGUGGUACGGCGUGCUCGGCAGCAAGGAACUGAUACAGAAAACCUACAAGAACCUGGAGCAGCGCGUGAAGCUGGAGUGUGACGGCCACGUCAUCCCGCUGCCGUCGCUGCAGGGAAUCGUGGUGCUCAACAUUCCCAGUUUCAUGGGCGGCACCAACUUCUGGGGCCGUCGGCGCGAGGAGGAUUGUUUCCUGUUGCCCAGUUUCGACGAUCGAAUCCUGGAGGUGGUGGCGGUGUUCGGUACCGUUCAGAUGGCCGCCAGUCGUAUCAUCAACCUGCAGCAUCACCGCAUCGCCCAGUGCCAGACCGUCAAAAUCACCAUACUCGGUGACGAGGAGGUGCCCGUGGAGGUGGACGGAGAAGCCUGGGUGCAGCAGCCGGGCGUCAUCAAAAUCACCCACAAAAACCGGGUGCAGAUGCUCGCCAGAAACAGGAGUCUGGAGGCGUCUCUGCGCACCUGGCAGGAGAAGCAGCAGCGGCGCCAGUCGGUCACCCUGAGCGCCUCGCUCACCGACGACGAGCAGAUUCUGCUGCGGGAGCUCAUCGAGUCAUCGCUGCACUUCGUCAGGACCAGUAAGCUGUUUAUGAAGCGGUACGGCGGCCUGCCCGGCGGUCGGGAGCUCCAGCAGGCGGUCGGACAGACCACGGCCGUCCUGGAGAGACUGGCGCCGGCAGCCGGCUCCUCCGGCACCGGAGCGCCGCCACUGGCCGAACUGGGCUCUCACCGUCCGGAGGUCUCCGAUCUCGUGACCUCGGUCCGCUCCCUCCACUCGCAAAUGGCCGACUUCCUGCACGAGUGUGGCUCACACAUUAACCAGUGCGGCGGUCUGGAGGAGCAGCUGGUGACGGCCAUGUCCCAGCUGGAGGCCGAGUUACGACACGCCCAGUCCGUGCACGGAGCCGUCCAGUUCACAGCAGCCACAGACCCGGCGGAGCCGGGCGCGGAGAAGCAGCGUCGCCAGUCGCGCGGCGGUCUGUUCCGUCGGCGGCUGCGGCGCGAAGGCCGGCCGCCGGCGGCGCCGUCCCCCGGUCCGCCGCCGCCGGCCGGUGCCGCCGCCGUGGCCGCGUGGACCACAGAGGAGGUGGUGGCCUGGCUAGAGAGUAUCGCGCUGCCAGAGUACCGCAACAGCUUCAUCCGGCACGACGUGCGCGGCCCGGAGCUGCUCAGUCUGGAGCGCAGGGACCUCAAAGAGCUCGGUAUCGUCAAGAUCGGCCAUAUCAAGCGAAUACAGCAAGCCAUCAAGGAAAUUCGAAACACCCCUUAGCUGUAAUCGUUCUCAGGGACUUGUCUGUGGUUUCUAGUUUGUUUUUAUUCAUUUACCCUGACUGUGUGCGUGACGCGAUUCGGAGACUGCUUCGUAUGACCAGAAACGGCCUGUGAGCCGAAAGUGUGAAACGGUUGGGCCAAUUUCUAAUUGUAAAUUGAGUGUUUUUACCUCGUCUGUUUUAUUUAUAUCGAUGAUGAUCAUGUUCACCGUCGCGUUCUGGACCAGUUUAGUGACAUUCGCCGGCGUUCCUCUGAGCGCCGGCGGUGGUUUUAGUUCCCGUGUGGGACGCUCCGAGUGGUACCGGCGGCGCCGCGCCGGAGAGGGCUGUCUGUUCCCCGGCCCGGCGCCGGCCACCAGUGGGACUCGUGCCCAGUUCCUACACCUUGGUCUCAGUCGGCGGCACCGCGCCGCCGUGUGGGGUGGCACAUUCCGGCGGCCGCCUCACCCGCCCCCGCCCCCGCUCCCGCAUCAUCUACCUCGUAGCCCGACAAUGACAGAGAGAGCGGGAGAUGGAGGACAGUCGUCCGCGUGCACCGCGCUGUCGCACAACUCGCCCCGGUGCACCGUGCUGUCUUUGGUGCGCGGCAUUGAUGGUCUUUAAGUGGGUUUUGUGUACCCCACUCAACCACGGUGCCGCCUUCGCUUCGGUCCUUCGCUGGCAAUAAGCAUGUGUGCGCACUGUCUGUAUACCUACGCUUAGUAUGUUUUUGAGAAUGACCGCGGACCGGGUUGUAAAAAUGAGUGUGUUUGGGGGCAGUGGGAGUGUAAAAAAGCGAGCUUUACGGGCGGAACGGAGUGUGUCUGGGUGAAGUUAAUGUUACCGGGGAUGUGAAUUGAGCCCACUGAGGCCGGGUCGCCCGCCGCUCGGGCGUCUGACGGUCCCUCUGACCGACCUCUGUCUGCGAGAGGUGCGGCUCGGGAUUCCUGUGUUCCCCGGCGAUCCAGACCCGACAUACAGUGUUCCGCGGCGGCCCCGCCGGACGCCUGUGCCCCUCAGGACCGGCCGCGGUGCCGGCUGCACGCCUUGUUGUUUCAUACCACCGAUAUGAUGGCCGUCAGUGAUCGUUGUGCGGCUGCCUGACAGCGGUCCACUCUACUCCUAUAUCUGGGCCCAGUGCCUCUCUAUCUCUGACAUGCACGCGCCGUUUGUAUGUGUGGGAAUCUAUGUACGGUUAUAACUGUUGGGGUUUGUGGGUCUUUAUAUUUAUUACCGUUUUAGUCAUCUGACUUUGUACCGGCCCGCCGACGGUUUUACCCAUUUACGCAGUUUGUGCAAUAUACGUGACACCUAUG